GUGUCUGCGCUGACUCAGCGCCCCGAGCCGAUAAAGCCGCGGCGGCCGCGCCCGUCCCGGGGCUCCGCUCUUUGUCGCCGGCCCGUGUGCCAUGGAGCUGCCGUGGCUGGGCGAGCACUGCUCCGAGCGCUCCUGCAAACAGCUGGAUUUCCUUCCUCUGAAGUGUGACGCAUGUGGGGAAGUGUUCUGUAAAGAUCACAUCCGUUACGAUGACCACAAGUGCAGCUCUGCCUACAAGAAAAAUGUGCAGGUGCCAGUGUGUCCCCUCUGUAACACACCUAUCCCAGUGCAGAGGGGACAAAUCCCAGAUAUUGUGGUUGGAGCCCACAUAGAUAAGGACUGCAAAUACAACCCAGCACAGCAAAAGCAGAAGAUCUUCACAAACAAGUGCACAAAGCCAGGCUGCAAAAGGAAAGAGAUGAUGAAGGUGCUUUGUGACCAGUGUGGCAGCAGCUUCUGCAUAAAACAUCGGCAUCCUCUGGACCACGACUGCAGAGGGAGCAGCCAGCCCAUCUCCAAGGCAGGAUAUGCAGCUCUGAUGAGAGCUUCUCAUGCCACCUUCAAGUCCCCGGGAGCAAUUGGAGUGCCAUCUAAUGGGAAUCGUCAGCACAACAGGUGCAGGUAGUAGAGGCUCUUCACAUCUGGAUCAAACCUUUCAAAUGAAGUUAAUAUUUUCUCUCUAUAUAAAUUUCUAUGCAAUUGACUUAUUUUUGUAUCAUAAUUAUGUAUGCAUUCAAUAAACUGCUACCCUUUCCAAG